CGUUCCCGGUAGUUCAGCUCUUUGUCGUCCAUCGCCUCGGGGACUCGGUAUUUUCUUUCCCUUCUCCUCUCCGUGGUCUCGCCGCCAUCGCGAACGUCUGUUUGCCUUUCUUUGUUCUUCUUCGUCGUAGCCAGUCAUCUUUUCGAAUACCCAACCGACCGUCCGGUUUUUUGACGUGGGAUUGGACUGCGUGCGUUUUCUCUCUUCCCCGGGCACGGGCUUUCCGCAUCUUGGCGGUAGUCUUCUUGUCGUUUUGUUUGCUGCGUUACUGUACCUGCCCGCCUGGCGAAGUGAUUGAGAGCUAGGAGAAUCAUGUCGGGGAUGGGCCUAGAUGAGCAUUCGGCGAAAUUGUACAGGAUAAGGAAGACGGUAAUGCAGAUGUUGAGAGACAGAGAGUAUUUAGUGUCAGACGCUGACCUGACGAUGACCAAGGAUGAGUUCCGAGAAAGAUUCGGUGAUCAGCCCAAGAGAGACGAUCUCAGCAUCUCCAAGCCGAAGGAGAAGGAUCCUUCGCAGCAGAUUUUGGUAUUCUUCCCGGAGGAUCCCAAGGUGGGGGUGAAGACGAUCAAGACUUAUGCGGAGCAAAUGAAGAAUGCCGGAGUCCAGAGGGCGAUCCUUGUGGUGCAGCAAAACCUGACAGCGUUCGCCAACCAAUGCCUCAGCGAAAUGUCUCCCAAGUUUCAGCUCGAAGUCUUUAAUGAAGCGGAGCUGCUGGUGAAUAUUAAAGAACAUGUCCUGGUGCCCGAGCAUAUCGUGCUAACUAAAGAGGAGACAAAGACGCUUCUGGAAAGAUAUACCGUCAAAGAAACUCAGUUGCCACGUGUGCAGCAUAGCGAUCCCCUCGCUCGAUACUUUGGCCUCGUAAGAGGACAAGUUGUGAAGAUCAUCAGGCCGAGUGAAACUGCCGGACGAUACGUGACGUAUCGAUAUGUUGUGUAGUAAGCAGAAAACUUUGGAUGAGAGGACAUCUUCUGUUUGCCGGCUUUCUUUUGCAAAAUUGGAUUUGGAACUGUGUAAUUUCUUUGCAGUUGGGUCUCCCAUUUUCCAACUGAACGCUUGGGCAAUAUUUACCAUUUGUGCAGAUUUGGUUUUCUUUCCCCUUUCAUGUUAUUAAAUAUUUAAUGGAGAACUGAGCUCUGUGAAUGGAUUAGAUAGAGGAAUCUGGCUGUGGCAUGCAGGAGGCUGUCAAGGGACUGCCACAGUUUCGGGUAGCCAACAUUUGACGACAACCCAUGGAUGGUUCCGUUGUGAGGGUUGGCGUAACCCACAGAUGAUUCCGUUGAGCUCUGUGAAGGGAUUAGAUAGUGGAAGUCGUCUGUGGCAUGCAUGAGGUUGCUAAAGGACUGCCACAGUUUUGGGCAGCCAACCAUUUGCAGACUUAGCCCACAGAUGAUCCCAUUGUGAGGGUCAGUGCAACCCACAGAUGAAUCCAUUGUAAGCCUUGUCAGCACUUCUUCGAGACAGGGAACCGGGGAGGGACAGGCAUACAGACCAAGAAAUGGAUGGACAUCGCACAGCCUCUGGCCAAGGCACCUGAUGAGGUUAUCUGAGACUUCCAAAAGAAGGUCGGGGUACUGACGGGCCACCGAGGUGUCCACGAUAAAUCUCACGUAUGGCUGUUGUGUCCUGGUCAACUGUUACAUAUUGGAGAGUUAUGUAAUAUACUUGCAACCGCACGAGCCGGACAUUUGUGAUGAGUUCCAUGGGGGGGGCGGGGAGGGGGCUGCGGAAUCGUGCAGUUUCUUUUUGUUUUGUUUUGUUUUUUUUGGGAGGGGGGACGGGGGGCCGUAUGACGGGAAGAUGGAGAAAUGGCGAGGAGAGGGGGAUAUGGAGAUGGGGAGGAUGAUGUGGAUGAGGAUGACGAUGAGGAGUAGAGAUGGGGGAGGAGAAGAGAUGGACGGAGGGAAAAGAGGAAGGGCAGAAGGAGGAGGAUGAGUGGGAGGAGGAGGAGACAUGGACGGUGAGGAAGGGGAGGACACGAGGAAGGGGAGGACACGAGGAAGGGAAGGAGAUGAGGAGGCAUGGAAGACGAGGAAGAGGACACAAGGAGGAUGAGGAAGGGCAGGAGGAGAGGACGAACAGGAGGAGGAGGACGAGUCGGAGGAGACGAAAAGGAGAAGGGAGGAGGAGACAUGGAGGACGAGGAAGGGGAGGAGGAGCUAGGUGAGGCAGCACUCAUGCAAUUGUUUUUUUCGUCCCUCUUAUAAUUUUGGUGGGUGGCCUCGAACGCACCUUUUCAACCCCCGGCCUUCUUCUUUUUUUGUUUCGGAGGGGGGUGACGGGUCGUUCCCCGCACAUGUCGUGCGCCGCGCGCACGACGUGUGCUUGCAAGUAUGUUAUGUACUCGUUAAGAAUAGCAGCGGUGCUUUAUAUGGCUUUCUAUGUCGUCUAGGAUCUGUCAUAGUCUAUAAUGACUCUAUAUGUAUGUGUGUAUUUGGCUUUCUACUUAGUCUUGGAUCUAUAAUAGUCUAUAUGUAUGUCUUCCUUGAUGCAUAUGUAACCCUUCCUCUCUAUUUUAUGCUUUUCCCCCCCUUCUUUCUCUUUUCUUAUGAACUUCAGAGACUGUCACACCACCGUCACAUCUCCUCACACUCAGCUGUCAACAAAGAGUGCACUCGUGA